UUCAAAUUCCUCACCCGGUAACCUCACCUCACCCGCAGGGCCUCCCCGUCAGGCCGUCACGCCUUCCCAAUAAAAACACCCUCCCACCAGCCGCUCCCCACGUUUCACCCCCAACCUCGCGCGGCGCCUCCUCCCUCCCAGACUCCCUCCCACCUCGCCGCAACCCUAGCCCCACCGCCUCGCCGCCGCCGCCUCCGCCGCCAUGAGGGAGAUCCUGCACAUCCAGGGCGGGCAGUGCGGGAACCAGAUCGGGGCCAAGUUCUGGGAGGUGAUCUGCGACGAGCACGGCAUCGACCACACGGGCAAGUACGCCGGCGACUCCGACCUCCAGCUCGAGCGCAUCAACGUCUACUACAAUGAGGCCAGCGGCGGGCGGUUCGUCCCGCGCGCCGUGCUCAUGGACCUCGAGCCGGGCACCAUGGACUCCGUGCGCUCGGGCCCCUACGGCCAGAUCUUCCGCCCCGACAACUUCGUCUUCGGCCAGUCCGGCGCCGGGAACAACUGGGCCAAGGGGCACUACACCGAGGGCGCCGAGCUCAUCGACUCCGUCCUCGACGUCGUCCGCAAGGAGGCCGAGAACUGCGACUGCCUCCAAGGAUUUCAGGUUUGCCACUCGUUGGGUGGAGGUACUGGCUCUGGUAUGGGCACCCUGCUCAUCUCAAAAAUCAGGGAGGAGUACCCAGAUAGGAUGAUGUUGACGUUCUCAGUUUUCCCAUCGCCGAAGGUGUCUGAUACUGUGGUAGAACCUUACAAUGCUACACUCUCCGUUCAUCAACUUGUUGAGAAUGCUGAUGAGUGCAUGGUCCUCGACAAUGAAGCUCUUUAUGACAUCUGCUUCCGCACUCUGAAGCUUGCUACACCCACCUUUGGUGAUCUGAACCAUCUCAUCUCUGCAACCAUGAGUGGUGUUACUUGCUGCCUGCGGUUCCCAGGCCAGCUGAACUCUGACCUCCGGAAGCUUGCAGUCAACUUGAUACCCUUCCCUCGCCUCCAUUUCUUCAUGGUUGGCUUUGCACCGCUGACCUCAAGGGGAUCCCAGCAGUACCGCGCCCUCACCGUCCCUGAGCUGACCCAGCAAAUGUGGGACUCCAAGAACAUGAUGUGCGCUGCUGACCCACGGCAUGGGCGCUACCUGACAGCCUCUGCCAUGUUCCGUGGUAAGAUGAGCACCAAGGAGGUGGACGAGCAGAUGUUGAACGUGCAGAACAAGAACUCGUCCUACUUUGUGGAGUGGAUCCCCAACAAUGUGAAGUCCAGCGUGUGUGACAUCCCCCCCACGGGCCUGAAGAUGGCGUCGACGUUCAUCGGCAACUCCACCUCCAUCCAGGAGAUGUUCCGGCGUGUGAGCGAGCAGUUCACAGCCAUGUUCCGGCGCAAGGCCUUCUUGCACUGGUACACCGGGGAGGGCAUGGACGAGAUGGAGUUCACCGAGGCCGAGAGCAACAUGAACGACCUGGUGGCCGAGUACCAGCAGUACCAGGACGCUACGGCAGACGAGGAGGAAGACUACGAGGACGAGGAGGAAGAGGACGUGGCUGCCUAAGCCACGGGCCCCAUGUUGGGUUGUGUUAUUAUUGUUGUCGCUCUUAAAUUGCAGUGCCUUCAGAGUUUAGAUUGCUUGUGUUGAUGGUGUGAUGCUGCUGCAAGAGCAAAACUGUGAGAUUAGUUUUAACUGUGGUGGACCUAAUUACUACUAGAUCAUGGAACUGUUAAUUUUCAUAUUUUAGUAUCUUUCUAUGUGAUUGUUUAGUGUUGAUUUUUGUUGGGUAUGUAUAUGCAGCUAUAUAACACUCAGCAGCAGAAUUUGGA